AUGUUUGGAUUCGCACAGCAACAGCCAUCUGAAGAAGAACUUAAGAAACACCAGGAACAGUCCAAUAACACUGUUAAGAUGGCAGCGUACGGUGCGGCGUUCUUGUGGAUUUCUCCUAUAUUGUGGAGUAUUUUCAGAAAACAGUGGAAAUAA